GGGGGUGUCUAUGGAUAUCCUCUGGGGACCUGACGACAAAGCUCCUCGCCCUGGAUGCAGCAUCAGGAGAGACCGCCUGCGAUGGUAGAUGAUGAUUUAAAGUUAUCGUCGACUCUUCAAGAAGAAAGACGAAGGACAUUGAUCCAGAUUUGAAAGAGUCAUCCUCGAGGCCAUGCCAGGCAGCCCAGAGAACAUCCCCCUGGGAGAGUGCACCCUCUCCCAGUCGAAGGACCAGCUGACGCCCCCAAGCUGCACGGAGAGCACCGUGUUCAGCCUCUCACGCAGCGAGUCCCUCUGGACCACCGACACGUCCCACAGCAAAUGUGAGGUCUUCUGGUACCCCAUCCACCUCAUGUCCACCGGGGGCAGCUUCCUGGCAUGCGGCAUCAUCAUCAGCGGCCUCUACUUUGCCGGCCACUGCAAGAAGGUCACCAACAUCCUGGGGCCGGCACUGCUCUCCAUUGGGCUGAUGGUUUUUGUGGUGGGCGUGGUCCUGAUCCCCAUCACCAAGGAGAACAGGAAGCAGUCGACCGCGAAGAAGCCCUUCAGCUACUACAGACACCCCGUGUUCAAUCUGUGAGCCCGUUGGAGGUGAUAUUCUGCCAGAGAACUUCACGUUUGGAAGUAAAUCUGAACGGAGACACUUUACCUUUUAAGACGGCACUGAAUUGAAAUGUUGCUUUUCAGCAUGGGAGCGUCAGUGGAACAUAAUUGUAAAAACUCUGCGUGGUGCUGACAUUUGUAUUUAUUCCUCUGGUUUACCAGGAUCGACAAAACAAGGCCCUUAUCUCAGUCUGAAGUGCGCAUGACAAACAUUUGCAACAAUAACCAUGGCUGUCAAAAAGUAGGUGAGCACGCGAGGACAACAAUGUGCUGUUUAAAAUGCAAUUAUUCACACAUUCACACUCAAUUUAGCGAUGAGGAUACUAGAAAGCAAACUGUGCCUAUUAGUAUUUAUGAGGGGAAAAGUGGACAUGGGGGAUUUCCUAAUGCUGACCGGUGCAGUGUAUGCCAAUGCAUGAAUAAUUAAAGAUUGUGAGAGCUUA